GGAUCAGCUGCGGGCCGAACCGCCGCCGCGCUGCCACUUCAGCUUCGGAGAUGCGCGUCCGUUAGUGGUUGGAAAGGAAAAGAAAGGUCCAAACAGGGAAAAAAGGUCCAAAAGGGAAAAAAGAAGCCUUGAGGGCUGUGCGACUCAACUAAUUUUGUCUCCUACGGGCCCCUGUUGCGGCUUCCCUUGGCGUCACUGUCGGCGCGGUUGCGGGGCAUCGUGGGUAAGAGCGAGAUUUGGUCUCAACUCCGAAAGAUGGCGGACGCUUUCGGGGAUGAGCUCUUCAGCGUGUUUGAGGACGACUCGACCACUGCGCCCGGAACCAAAAAAGACAAGGAGAAGGGGAAAUGGAAGGGGCCACCAGGGUCUGCAGAAAAGGCUGGAAAACAUUUUGAUGGUAAAUUACAAACAGAGACAACUAAUAUUGGAAAGACCAAGAGAGAUGCAGACUUUGAGGGCACAGAUGAACCCAUUUUUGGAAAGAAGCUCAGGGUAGAAGAGUCAAUAACUGAAGACUUAAGUUUGGCAGAUUUGAUGCCUAGAGUCAAGGUACAAUCAGUUGAAACUGUUGAAGGAUGUACACAUGAGGUUGCACUUCCUGCCGAUGAAGAUUAUCUACCACUUAAACCAAGAGUUGGAAAAGCUGCAAAGGAAUACCCGUUCAUUCUUGAUGCAUUUCAAAGAGAAGCCAUUCAAUGUGUUGACAAUAAUCAGUCUGUUUUAGUAUCUGCACAUACAUCAGCAGGAAAAACUGUAUGCGCUGAAUAUGCCAUUGCAUUGGCCUUAAGGGAAAAACAACGUGUAAUAUUUACUAGCCCAAUUAAGGCCCUGAGUAAUCAGAAAUAUCGUGAAAUGUAUGAAGAAUUUCAAGAUGUUGGUCUGAUGACUGGAGAUGUUACUAUUAAUCCUACAGCAUCUUGUCUUGUUAUGACCACAGAGAUUUUGAGAAGUAUGCUGUACAGAGGCUCUGAAGUUAUGCGAGAAGUUGCUUGGGUCAUAUUUGAUGAAAUUCAUUACAUGAGAGAUUCAGAGCGUGGUGUUGUAUGGGAAGAAACUAUUAUUUUGCUUCCUGAUAACGUUCACUACGUCUUUCUUUCGGCUACAAUUCCAAAUGCCCGACAGUUUGCUGAAUGGAUUUGCCACUUACAUAAACAGCCUUGUCAUGUAAUUUACACAGAUUAUCGGCCUACUCCAUUGCAGCACUACAUUUUUCCAGCAGGGGGAGAUGGUCUGCACCUUGUGGUUGAUGAAAUUUACAUAGAAAAAUAUUUGUGAUUCCAGGGUGACUUCAGAGAAGAUAAUUUUAAUACAGCAAUGCAAGUACUUCGAGAUGCUGGCGAUUUGGCAAAAGGAGAUCAGAAGGGGCGGAAAGGAGGAACAAAAGGACCAUCAAAUGUGUUCAAGAUUGUGAAGAUGAUUAUGGAAAGAAAUUUUCAACCUGUAAUUAUUUUUAGUUUUAAAAAAGAUUGUGAAGCCUAUGCACUUCAAAUGACCAAAUUAGAUUUCAACACAGAUGAAGAAAAGAAGAUGGUUGAAGAAGUAUUCAGUAAUGCAAUUGACUGCUUGUCCGAUGAAGAUAAAAAACUCCCUCAGGUUGAACAUGUACUUCCUCUCUUGAAGCGGGGAAUUGGUAUUCAUCAUGGUGGUUUACUUCCUAUUUUGAAAGAAACUAUAGAAAUACUCUUUUCUGAAGGAUUGAUAAAGGCUUUAUUUGCCACAGAGACUUUUGCUAUGGGAAUUAACAUGCCAGCCAGAACUGUUCUAUUUACAAAUGCUCGAAAAUUUGAUGGGAAGGAUUUCCGAUGGAUUUCCUCUGGUGAAUACAUUCAGAUGUCUGGUCGUGCUGGAAGAAGGGGAAUGGAUGAUAGAGGAAUUGUGAUUCUUAUGGUAGAUGAAAAGAUGAGCCCAACGAUUGGAAAACAACUUCUUAAGGGCUCAGCUGAUCCUCUAAAUAGUGCUUUCCAUUUGACCUACAACAUGGUUUUGAACUUACUACGAGUAGAAGAAAUUAAUCCUGAGUACAUGUUGGAAAAAUCCUUCUACCAGUUUCAACAUUAUAGAGCAAUUCCCGGAGUAGUAGAGAAGGUAAAGAACUCAGAAGAACAGUAUAAUAAAAUAGUAAUACCAAAUGAAGAAAGUGUAGUCAUCUAUUACAAGAUUAGGCAGCAACUUGCCAAGUUGGGUAAAGAAAUUGAAGAAUAUAUCCACAAACCAAAAUAUUGCUUACCAUUUCUUCAACCAGGUCGUUUGGUAAAGGUAAAGAAUGAAGGAGAUGAUUUUGGCUGGGGUGUAGUGGUGAAUUUCUCAAAAAAGUCAAAUGUUAAGCCUAAUUCUGGUGAAUUGGAUCCUUUAUAUGUAGUAGAAGUACUUCUGCGCUGUAGCAAAGAGAGCUUGAAAAAUUCAGCUACUGAGGCUGCAAAACCAGCUAAACCUGAUGAGAAAGGAGAGAUGCAGGUUGUUCCAGUAUUGGUGCAUCUCCUGUCUGCUAUCAGCAGUGUUAGGCUUUACAUUCCUAAAGACCUUCGACCCCUGGACAAUAGACAGAGUGUUUUAAAAUCAAUACAGGAAGUUCAGAAACGCUUUCCUGAUGGUGUUCCCUUAUUAGAUCCUAUUGAUGACAUGGGCAUACAAGAUCAAGGACUGAAAAAAGUCAUCCAGAAAGUAGAGGCUUUUGAGCAUCGAAUGUAUUCUCAUCCACUUCACAAUGAUCCAAAUUUGGAAACUGUGUAUACGCUUUGUGAAAAAAAAGCACAGAUUGCGAUAGAUAUUAAAUCUGCAAAGCGAGAACUGAAGAAGGCAAGAACUGUUUUACAAAUGGAUGAACUCAAAUGUCGCAAACGUGUUUUAAGGAGGUUGGGAUUUGCUACUUCUUCUGAUGUCAUAGAGAUGAAAGGACGAGUGGCUUGUGAAAUAAGCAGUGCUGAUGAGCUCCUUCUAACUGAGAUGAUGUUCAAUGGCCUUUUCAAUGACCUAUCUGCAGAACAGGCAACGGCACUGCUGAGCUGCUUUGUGUUUCAAGAAAAUUCUAGUGAGAUGCCCAAAUUAACAGAGCAGUUAGCAGGACCACUUCGUCAAAUGCAGGAAUGUGCUAAAAGAAUUGCAAAAGUUUCAGCAGAAGCCAAAUUGGAAAUUGAUGAGGAGACUUACCUAAGCUCAUUUAAACCUCACUUAAUGGAUGUAGUAUAUACCUGGGCAACUGGAGCUACAUUUGCCCAUAUCUGCAAAAUGACAGAUGUCUUUGAAGGCAGCAUAAUUCGCUGUAUGAGGCGCCUGGAAGAACUACUUCGACAAAUGUGUCAAGCAGCAAAAGCCAUUGGAAACACUGAGCUGGAAAAUAAAUUUGCAGAAGGAAUCACCAAAAUCAAGAGAGAUAUUGUGUUUGCUGCCAGCCUCUACUUAUAAAGAAUCAGCUAAAGGAAUGUGAGAUUUUUAAAUUGUUCGCCACCUGUCGAUUACAGUUGACUACAAAUGCCUACAAGUAUUGAUUUGGUUUUCCCAUCUCAAGACAGUUGUCCUCAAACAUUUUAAUAUGUAUUGUGCUUAAAUCAAGCAUCAUUCUAAGAAAGCAUAUUACAUAAACAUUUGUACAUAAGCAUUACAUUUUUUAAUAAAAAAUGUACAAGUGGGGCAUUGUUUUAGUGAAA